AGUUUGUUUCAAUCUUUUGCAAGAAAAGUUACUACAAAUCUGACUUUGGUUUCAUUUGAUCAGUGAGUUAAACUGUACUAACAAGCAUCAGAGCAGAGAGCACUUUGAGAUGGUAUCUGCUACUGACUUGAUGCGACAGCAGCUGGCCGAACUGAUGGGGUCGGCUGCAGGGGUGACUUUGCUUCGCAUCGCCUUGCAAUUGAACUCCUUCUCCUCCUCCUCCUCGCGAAGCUAAAAUCGGAGGUCGAGUUGCGCGUUCUGUUCUGUUCGUGUUAUUCCGGGACGAUGAGCCGACGUACCACUUCUCAGACAGCAAAGUGUGCAAGUCGUUCCUGCUCAACUGUUGUCCCCACGACAUCCUCCACUCUACGCGCAUGGACAUUGGACAGUGUUCGAGGUACCAUGACUUGGCCCUCCGAGCAGACUACGAGGCAGCUGUGAAGAAGGGCAAGUCUUACAACUAUGAAAUGGACGCAAUGGAUCACCUGGAGCGGUUCAUAGCAGACUGUGACCGGAAGACGGAGUCGGCCAAGAAGCGACUGGCUGAACAACAGGAGGACCUGACAAUCGAACAGACCACCAAGGUGAAUGGUAUCCACGAGAUGGCGGAGAAGAUAGGGAAGAAGUUGGCGGAGGCGGAGAGUGUGGGGGAGGCGGGGGAUGUGGACAAGUCCAUGCAGCUGUUCAAGGAGGUGGAGGAGCUCAAGGCCGAGAAGAGACGCUUGGAGGAGGACUAUCGGAAUACGAUGCCAGCCAGUACAUUCCAGCAGCAGAAACUGCGCGUGUGUGAGGUGUGCUCAGCCUACUUGGGAUUGUAUGACAACGACCGAAGACUGGCAGACCACUUCGGGGGCAAACUGCACCUGGGCUUCAUCGCCAUCCGAGACAAGCUGGAAGAGCUGAGGCUGUCGGUGACAUCUAAGAGGAAUUUCAGAGAUGGAGACAUGUCAAGAUCUCGCGAGGGCAGAACGAACAGUGAUCUAGAAGAAGGCGAGGAGAAGGAGAGGUCGAGGUCACGCAGUCGAGACCGACACAGAAGGCGGAGAUCGCGCAGUGGCAGUGGUUCGAGGAAGAAGAGCAGUCGCCACUCGAAGUCGUCCCGCUCCAGUCGCAGAUCCAGAUCACGAGACAGAGAUCAUAGGCGCAGAAGACACAGGAGAUCUCGAUCAGGAAGUAGCAGCUCAGAAUGAAGAAGAUGGAAGGGCAUGUGCUGAUACAGUUAUUGAACAAUUCAUAGCUCCAACUCUGAUGUGUUUGACAUUCGAAAUAUUUAUAGUUCUGUUGCUGGUGUUGUUAGACGCAAAGUCAAUGGUUAUUUUUAUUCUUUUGAGAAAUGUGAUUUUCUAUGCUACCCUAAUAUGCUAAUCAUUCUAGUUCUUUUUGUUGUUU